AUGCUGUUCCCGAAAUUUAAACUAUACAGUUCUAAUGACCAACGAACUGGCACAUUAGCUAGACUGAUGUUUAAGAUUGCAAAUGUUCCGUAUGAAGAUAUAAGAAUUAGUGGGAAAGAACAAUGGAAUGACAUUAGAAAUGAGACUGCACUUGGCAUACUGCCGAUACUGGAAAUAGAUGAUGUCAAGUUAAGUGGACAGACUGCCAUUUGUCGUCAUUUGGCCUGGAGGUUCGGACUUUCCGGACAAAACGCAACAUGUGACGCAUUGCUCGAUAUGUUUGCUGAUUUGCUCCUUGAGGCUCAGGUUUCAAUUUUCGGAUCAGCGAAUGAUGAUAACAACAUCUAUACCAAUAUUAUAAUAAUCGAUGAUAUAAAGCUUAAAGGAGUUCAUAAUCGAGUUGCAUCUAUUAUCGAGAAACAACUGACUCAGAACAACACUUCCUAUCUGAUCGGAGAAGAGAUUACAUGGGUUGACUUGAUGACUUGCACAUUUUUCAAUUCAUUAAUGAAUUAUGAUAAGAAUGUAAAUCUCGACAGGUAUCCAUUAACGAAAUACAUGUAUGAAAGAAUCUCACAACUAACGGAACUGGAAAACUACUGUCAACAAAAAUUAGAUGCAAACAGUAAUGCUGUCCAAAUAACUGAUUGUUCAUAA